CUCUUUUGCUCGAAGGCCUCCAUACGGCGCUGUUCUCUGGUUACCCAUCGUUACUUUAAAGGGAAACCUUCACAAUGUCCGGAGGUCUGGAUGUCCUCCAGAUGAAGGAGGAAGAUGUCCUCAAAUUCCUCGCUGCUUCCACCCACCUGGGAAGCACAAACCUGGACUUCCAAAUGGAGCAAUACGUAUACAAGAGGAAAAGUGAUGGUAUUUACAUCAUCAACAUAAAGAAGACCUGGGAGAAGCUACUCCUGGCCGCUCGUGCCAUUGUUGCCAUCGAGAACCCGGCUGACGUCUGUGUCAUCUCUUCCAGGCCUUUUGGGCAGCGAGCUGUGCUGAAGUUCGCCUCUGCCUGCGGAGCCACCCCCAUCGCUGGCCGUUUCACUCCCGGGACCUUCACCAAUCAGAUCCAGGGAGCCUUCAGGGAGCCGCGGCUGCUGGUGGUAACAGACCCCCGUCAGGACCACCAGCCCCUGACCGAGGCCUCCUAUGUCAACAUCCCCACCAUUGCCAUGUGUAACACUGACUCUCCCCUGCGAUAUGUGGAUGUCUCCAUCCCCUGCAAUAACAAGGGAGCUCACUCUAUCGGGCUGAUGUGGUGGAUGUUGGCUCGCGAGGUGCUGCGCAUGCGCGGGACCAUCAGCCGGGAGCACCCCUGGGAGGUGAUGCCUGAUCUGUACUUCUACAGAGACCCUGAUGAGAUCGAGAAGGAGGAGCAGGCGGCUGCUGAGAAGGCUGCUGGGAAGGAGGAGUACCAGGGCGAGUGGACGGCCCCGGUGGCUGACUUUGUGCAGCCGGAGGUCACUGACUGGUCUGAGGGAGUCCAAGUGCCCUCUGUGCCCAUCCAGCAAUUCGCUGCGGCCACCGGCAAAAACCUGCCGGGGGCAGCAGAGCCACUGGAGGCAGCAAAUCCCUACACCAAGCCCGCCUUCCCCGAGGCAGCCCCCGCCACCAAGGACUGGAGCGCCCAACCUGCGGCUGAGGACUGGUCUGCUGCCCCCACAGCGCAGGCCGCGGAGUGGGGAGGAGCCACCGCCGAUUGGCCUUAGUCCUGUGAGGGAACAGGCCAAACCCAGAAUACCCCAAAUAAAGGCUGGUUUUAC